AUGUCCUCCGAGCCCGCACCCAAGCUGUUCCAGCCGAUCAAAGUCGGCGACAUGACGCUGGCGCAUCGCGUCGUCCUCGCGCCGCUCACGCGCUUCCGCGCCGACGCGGCCCACGUACACGGCGAUCUCGCAGUCGAGUAUUACACGCAGCGCGCAAGCGUCCCCGGGACGUUGCUCAUCACGGAGGCGACGUUCAUCUCAGCGAACGCCGGCGGAUUCGCCCAUGUGCCGGGCAUGUGGAACGAGGCCCAGGUCGCGGCGUGGAAGCGGGUAACAGAUGCCGUCCACGCGAAGGGCUCGUACAUCUACGUCCAGCUUUGGGCUCUAGGGCGAGCCGCAGACUCCGAAGAGCUGCAGAAGGAAGACACGUCGUUCGAGUACGUCGCCGCGUCGGACAUCCAGUUGACCGGGAAGCCGACGGCCCCGCGUCCGUUGACGGAGGAGGAAAUCAAGGAAUACAUACAGGCGUACGGGACCGCCGCUUCUAACGCGGUCCACGGUGCCGGCUUCGACGGCGUCGAGGUCCACGGCGCGAACGGGUAUCUCCCCGACCAGUUCUUGCAGGACGUCUCGAACAACCGCACGGACAAGUACGGCGACUCGAUCGAGAACCGCGCGAGGUUCUUGUUCGAGAUUCUGGCGGCAGUCACCGCCAAGAUCGGCGCAAAGAAGACGGGUCUCCGCCUCAGUCCCUGGAGCGAGAUCCAAGACAUGCGCAUGGAGGAUCCCGUGCCGACAUUCACGUAUGUCGUCUCGCGGAUCGCGGAGCUGUACCCAGACCUCGCGUACAUCCACUUUGUGGAGCCGUGGGUUUCGGGUACCACGGAUCGGACCGUGAGGGAGGGGGAGACGAACGACUACUUCCGCAAGAUAUGGGCGCCCCGGCCAGUCAUCAGCGCCGGUGGGUAUACCCGCGAGCACGCGCUGGAUGCGGCUGACAAGAAGGGCGACCUCAUCGCCUUUGGCAGGGCCUACAUUUCGAACCCCGACCUCCCUCUGCGUCUGCGCAGGAACAUACCCCUGGUGCAGUACCAUCGCAGCACCGUCUACAUUCCCGAGGCGCCAAAGGGGUAUAUCGACUACCCGUUCGCGGACGCGGCUGCAUUAUAG